AUGGAGACCCAAUUGAAGGAAAUGAAUGUAGAAAAUUCUUCUGAGGCAAAGCAUAUACCUACAAUGGAACCACCAAGUUACUCUGGUCCACUGCCCCAAAGUUAUCAUGGACCACCUGUCACAUCCUCUAUUUCUUUCUAUCCUGGAGAAAUGACAACAGAAGUAAUAACUACACAAUCAAUUUCACAACCUAUUAUUAUGGUUAACACUUUAGGACAUGACCCAGUUGUUAUGAGGUGUCCGUUUUGUAAUCAACAAAUUGCAACAAGGAUUGAAAGAAUAGUUUGGUUUGGAACGCAUUUUGUGGCGGGCUUGCUGUGUCUUAUGUUG